AUUUAUUUAGCACCAUCCAUCAUGAUGAAUCAUAAUAAUAAUAAUGCAACACGCAAAACGCACCAUAUCCAUUGCAAUCUAUAACCCAAUCCAACCCAUUCUCUUUUCUUUCCAUAAAUAAAUUGUCUCUUUUUUCAGUUUUAACCUAACCCUACAAUCAUAAUCCCAAUUACUCCUCAGAUCGAUCUCGUAUGGCAUUUCGCAUUUUCCCUUUCUAGAAUCUGUGGUUAGGGUUCCAAACUUCAUCGCUGCUGCUUGAAUGGAACCUCGUGUUGGGAACAAGUUUCGCCUGGGUCGGAAGAUCGGUAGCGGCUCCUUCGGGGAGAUCUAUUUAGGGACUAAUAUUCAGACUAAUGAAGAGGUUGCAAUUAAGCUUGAAAAUGUCAAGACAAAGCAUCCUCAAUUGCUGUACGAGUCCAAGCUGUACAGAAUUCUGCAGGGAGGAACUGGAAUUCCAAAUGUUAGAUGGUUUGGAGUGGAGGGAGAUUACAAUGUCUUAGUGAUGGAUCUGCUUGGACCUAGUCUUGAAGAUCUAUUUAACUUUUGUAGUAGAAAGCUAUCAUUAAAGACAGUUCUCAUGCUUGCUGAUCAAAUGAUCAACCGUGUUGAGUUCAUCCAUUCUAAAUCAUUUCUGCACCGGGAUAUCAAACCAGAUAACUUUCUUAUGGGAUUAGGCAGGCGUGCAAACCAGGUUUAUGCUAUUGAUUUUGGUUUGGCUAAGAAAUACCGAGAUAGUUCCACCCAUCAACACAUUCCUUACAGGGAGAAUAAGAAUUUGACUGGAACUGCAAGAUAUGCUAGCAUGAAUACUCACCUUGGCAUUGAGCAAAGCAGAAGGGAUGAUUUAGAGUCUCUUGGUUAUGUUUUGAUGUACUUCCUGAGAGGAAGCCUUCCUUGGCAGGGACUUAAAGCAGGAACAAAGAAACAGAAGUAUGAGAAAAUCAGUGAAAAGAAGGUUUCUACAUCAAUUGAAGCCUUGUGUCGAGGCUAUCCAACAGAAUUUGCAUCAUACUUCCAUUACUGCCGCUCAUUAAGGUUUGAUGAUAAGCCAGAUUAUGCUUACCUCAAAAGGCUAUUUCGCGACCUGUUUAUUCGUGAAGGAUUCCAGUUUGAUUAUGUGUUUGACUGGACCAUCUUGAAGUAUCAGCAGUCACAGCUGGCUACACCUCCAACACGGGCCAUUGGUCCUGGUGCUGGAACCAGUUCUGGGAUGCUGCCGACUGUUACCAAUGCUGAUAGACAUACAGGAGGGGAAGAUGGACGACCUCCUCCUGGUUUGGUUUCGGCAGAUUCCUCAAGGCGUAGAAUGUCAGGGCCCAUUUUGAAUACUUUAUCAAGUGCCAAUAUCAUGGGUCAGUCAAGUGGAUCAUCGAGGCGAGUUGCUGUUUCCGGUAGCCGUGAGGCAUUUGUUAGUGCUGAGUCAGAUGUUCGUACCCGUACUGCUGAGGCCAGUGCUGGAGCAGCGCACAGAAUUUUGAGUGGGCAAAGAACUUCACCAGCUGGAUCUUCUGAUCCUAAGAGAGUUGUAUCAUCAGGGAGAAAUGUCUCUCAUGUAAAAAAUUAUGACACCGCCCUUAAGGGGAUGGAGGGUUUGCAGUUAGAGAAUGAUGAGAGGAACCAGUAGUAAUACCUCACCUUUCUCAUCUAAUGAAUUUGUGAGUUGAUAGCACUGCAUAAAUUGCUUAUGUUGCUAAGUUGAGCUGAGGAAAUUUGGAUCUGAACUUGAAAAUCUGGGUUUGUAUUGUUUACAUCUGCUCGAAACCCGACGAAGCUGAAAUAAUUUGUGUGCUAAACCAGGGAUUGUGCUUGCUGUAAAGCUCAGGUUUAAUUGGCACAUCACAUGUGGCCGGAAACUUCUAAGUUUUAUAACAACUUUCCUGUGAGUUAUUGUUUAACUGGUGUUUAACAGUGUCACAUGGGACUACAAAGGUCGAAAUUUUCAUCAGCAAAAAUGUAAUUAGUCAAUGUACUAUUUGUUGGAUAAGAUUUCCCAUAGUUCCCAUGAUGUAAGGUUCUUAUUAAACUUAGAUCACAGGAUCUCUCUAGGUUUGUCUUGUUAUUUGUCACCAUAAACUUGUAUGGAAUUUUAUUUCCAUCUCUGAAAAGAUUUUCAUUAAACUGGAUUGAUUGGUGUA